GUACUUCGAGGUUCAGCUGGACAAAUGCGGAGAGGGCAUAGGUGACAGUGUCAACGACUUUGGGUUUGGAGUCACAGCCUGUGACCCUCAGGAGAUUGAAGAGUUGGGGUCUGUCGCCGACGAGGUUCCGCGAUCCUGGGUCGUAGAUUUCACCCAGUCCAUGGUCUGCCUCAGCAUCAACAACCAUGAGGCUGCACAGGGGAAGCGCCUCUCAGCGGCAGCUUUGAAGCAGGGGAGUUGUGUUGGAAUGCUGGUAAAACCGAUGUCGAUUGAGAUCUACAUCGAUGGUGUGCUGCAAGAAAGCCUGCCCAUGGAGGAGCGGGUGCCGGACAACAUCAGUCUCUUCCCCGUGCUUGACUUGUAUGGCCGGACGAUUGAAAUCUCGAAAACCGAUGCUGAGGAGCCCCGGAAGUGUCGGAAGGAGAGCGCUCUUGCAGCUUGA